CGCUCACCGAUAUAGGUAAAAGUUCGUUACCUUCUGGAACAGCGAAGGAUAUCGAACGGUAGCGCGGGACCACUCGGCUACAAGAGUACUCCGCUCUUACCGAGGCUGUCCAAGCAACGUAGGUCUUUCUAAAGAGUUUAGGCCCAGGGGUUGCAGGCUGCCGAGGCGGCAGUGAGAGAAGAGGACGCGUCUAGGAAGAUCGGCCACAGACUACGGCUGAGAGAUUGCCAACAAUAAGACCUGGCAGUCACAGAGCGAGUGCACUGGCCGUGCCCGUGAGACGUUAUCGGUGCCGCAGCAUUGAGUGUUGUUGGACUCGACCCGGUAUGGAAGGGCUUCAAUAUGCGCGAAGCGUCUGUCCUACGACCGACUCUGCUACCAAGAACGACGCUCUCGCAUUGUCAGGUCAUUAGGUUCUACGUGACGCCUAUGUGUCCAGUCGGAGGUACUGAACCGGGACGGGUCUCCGCUUGCGUUGGAAAGGAAUACCAGCAAAGAUGUUCACCACAGCAACAGUAUUUAUGUCACCCAGACGUCUGUGCAGAUUUAAUCUUUGUUAUGCUUUGCCUAUAUCGGAGCAAUCUUCUUCGAGAGUGUAUAUCCUGGUGGAAUAUCCAGUGUAUCCGAUCAAGCGAGGUAUCGAUGAGUCCCAAGCACAAGAACACCUGGUCAGGAAUAGCAAAGGCCCAGAAUGGAUACAGUAGCAGCAUCUUCCAGUCCAUAUUUCGGCGUCAUUGCCGUGGAUUCCUUGUGAAUGCAUGGAUACAGGUGACCGAGUAGGCUUGUUGAGAACGACGCUCCCACCAACCCGGCCCCUACAUCCAGGCAGGGCGUUCCAGGAGAGGAGCUCUGCAGCCAGAUCCACACCAUUCAUCAAGCAUGGCGACAGUAAGUGCAAGCUAAAAAGUC